AUGGGACAGCGGCUCUCGUUUCCAGCGCUGUCCGAGCUGAUUGACGCCGAGCUUCAGCCGCGCGCGACCCGGCCGCUGUUCGAGCCUGGCGAUCACGGCACCCAUGCCUGCUGCGUGGUCGAUCAGGCGUGGCUGCGAUCGGUGGCGCUGGAUCGUGCCAUCCCGCCAGCGCACCCCCCGCUAUCACUCUCAACCGAAGAGGCCGGCUUGCCGAUGGGAAUCUCGCCGUCCGCGGCACUCACGGCCCAGCUGCGAUUGCUGGCUGAGCGUUCGAAUGCCCAUCCAGAAAACUCGUAUGUGCAGGUCGCCGUCAAGGUGGUUCUCAAAGGCGUCCACAGUGGCCGAAGGCCGAAGGUCUUUACAGAGCUCGCUCAGGCGAACGCGACUGCCAAUUCUGGGGACCCGAUCAGUGACACUCCAUCUCAGCAUGGACAGACCGUGCACCAGAUUGGAUCAGACGCGCUCGUGUCUCUAGGAAACUACUUGAGUCAUCUGAGCGAUGAGGCGGAGCAAUCAAAGCUGCGCAACAUUGUUGGUGCCUCGGAUUCGGCCGACCCGGGCGAAGCAUGGGUGCCAAGCAGUGGCGCCACCGUCAUUGGCGAUCAGGACCGCGCGCUCAUGAACCUACUCACCACACUCCAACCCAACAUUGCCGUCGUUUCGUCCGACGGCAGCAGCGGCCCCACCCAUCGAAGCCCUGCAAAAAACCUGCUGUCGAAAGCGGCACAGUUUGAGAGCGCAUUCGGAGCGCCGGCAACCACGACGACAACACCAACCUCCCCCGCCGUAUCAUCUUCAGCGAGCAGUGGUACACCUGGCGCGACUGCUACGCCGGGUCCUUGUUCGGACGUGGUCGAUAACUUUUUCGAUGCAGACUUGGCGGCUGCCCUCCGAUCCUCCAACCAUCCCAACCUCGCCUCGGCAUUGGCUGUCGUGGAGACGGCGCGCGCGUAUUACAUCUUGUAUCCGUUCGAGCCCAAAACACUGAGCGAUAUUGUUACAUUCAGUCCGUACGCCUUGUCUGCAUCGCACGCCAAAAGCUUGUUUGUCAUUUACCAAAUCCUGCAAGUGCUCGCCUUCUGCCAUCGCAAUGGCAUCACGCACGGUCAACUCACGUCCUCCAACUGCCUGAUUUCCGAGCACUUGUGGGUUCGUGUCACUGGCUUUACCAGCUGCUCGCCGUGGGUCAACCAAGCGUCGUUGCUGUCUGUCACGGCGGCGCGACCCCGACUCAUGUUCAACCUCGUUCCUUUCUCGCCGUCCAUCCCGCGUGCGCCCACGCUCAUGGACUUGCCAUGGCUGAUUGAUCACUGGACUCGCGGCAGCAUUUCCAACUUUGAAUAUCUCAUGGCGCUCAACCACCUUGCAGGCCGUCGCCGCGGCGAUCCCAAUUACCAUCCAGUCCUUCCCUGGGUGAUUGACUUUUCUCGCUCCAACGGGGGAUGGCGAAACUUGACCAAGACCAAGUUCCGGCUCAACAAGGGUGACCAGCAACUCGACAUCACCUGGGACUCGGCCACUCCUCACCACAUUAGCGAGCUCUUGUCGGAGGUCACGUACUUUGUGUACCUGGCGCGGCGCACGCCGCGAGCGCUCCUCUGCCGCUAUGUACGGUCCAACUACGAGCCAAACGAGUAUCCGUCCAGCAUGCAACGCAUGUACGACUGGACACCGGACGAGUGCAUUCCCGAGUUUUUCACCGACCCAGACAUUUUCCAGUCCAUCCACUCGGACAUGCCGGACAUUGAGGUCCCGCACUGGGCCGUCUCUGGGCGCGACUUUGCCAAGAACGUCUUCCUCCCAUUGGUGGAUCAGCACAAGUACCUGGCCUCUCACGGAGUGGUGCAGUUGUUUGGCCAUCCGCAUCCUCCGCGGAUUAUCAAGGACAACUUUGUCGCGCCCCAGCAGCACCAAAACGCUGCAUCUCUUGGAAGUGCAGUCGCUUCAUCGUCUACCGCUGCUUCGUUGGGUGCCGUCAACCCCUCGAAUCCAGUCCAACCGACCACGACCACCAACACCACCACCACACUCGCAAUGCCAGCAGCAGCAGCAGCAGUCGGUGCCUCCUCCACCCUCCAGCAGCCACCCUCCAAUCCGGCGCUGCCUUCGUCACCCUUGCCUCAACCAAACACCCGGUCACAAAUGCUGGCAUCGCCAACGCCGCUUGACAUACAAGCGGCGAGUGCCUCUGCUGCAGCGGCGCUCAGUUCUGCCAGUGCAACAGCGUCUACCAAUUCGCCCAACGUAUCCGGUGGAGCUGAUGGGUAUGCAGGUGGUGCCACAGCGACCGAUGGAACAGCGACCUCGUCCAACGCUCUGGCCGCCUUGACUGCGGCUGCAUCGGCCGCCGCUCCACCUUCACCUCCUACGUCGAUGCCCUCGAACUAUCCCGGCUGGCAAAUGGCGAGCGGUGCCGCCGGCUUGUCUGCGGGAGGAUCCAGCGGCAGCGGGCUGGCGGCUGUCUCGGCGUCGAGUCAGCAAGGAGUCCCGCAACAGCCUCUGACUCAGCAGCUCCCUCGCAUUUCUCUGGCCGAGGAUCCAGAUCAAGCGGGUCAUAUCGGACCUUUGCUGCUUUUCGAGCAGUCGAGGGCGUUUGCGUCGUCUCUGCAGGGCACUUCCGCCACCAUCGUCACCCACUUGCUCGAGUCCAGCUCGCUCGUCUCCCUUGCCAAUCGCGCAAUCAUGGAACAACUCUCGCAGCUGCAUGGCCAACAGGCUGGUUCAGCCGUGGUCACCGGCACUCUGGGCGCUGGUGCGAGCGAGGGCGGCAGUCUGCUCGAAGGCGCCUCCACCUCGUUGGCCCAGCUCAUUUCCAGUGACCACGCCGGCCAACUGGUGGCUCCACUUCAACCGUUGGAGCAGCUGGACGGUAACAUUCUGCCCUCCAUGCAAACUGCCGCUUUACUCUCAGCCAUCGGUGCAGACUCCAUCCCGUGCUCGUUUGAGGAGCGUCGCUCCUUUGAUCUUUACCGAUUGGCUUGCAUCGUGUGCGAGCUGUACCUUGCUGAUCGGUACCACGCUCGCGGUAUUCUGGAGGCAACGGGACCCUCUCGGCUCCGAACGUCUGCCACUGUCGACGCCCUCUCAGAGCUUGACCCUGUGCUCGGCGUGACUGCCCCAGCCUCCAAGCAGCGCGCAAACAAUCUGAGCAAUGCAGCAACCAUCUCGCCCUUCGACACUGCCCUGCCUUCGUUCUCUCCAUUCCCUGUGCGGCAUACCAUUCCCACCGCCCCGGGCACCACGUCCUUCAUCUCGCAGGUGAAUCUCGCGGCCAGAAACAGCGUCAUGCUGCUGAACGAAGUGGUAUUCAACAGUGCAGUGCCGCAGUCGCUCACCCAGCCGAUCGGCUCGGCAGAGGGCAGUGCCGCCAACUCGGAUCAGACUGCUGUUCGCCAGCGUCUCGCAGCCCAGAGACACGCCGUCUCCACCAAGCUCGUUGCUGCGCCGUCCUCGGCCGGGUUGCUCGCACCAUCGCUGGUUGGCAUGUCGAGCUCUGCGGGCAGCUCGAGCGUCAAUGCCACCAGCAACCAAAUUGCAUCCAUGUCCAUGGGCGGUGGAUUCUCGGCCGCGUUCAAUACCAGCGUGUCGGGCAUGCCGUCUGGCAAAGGUGCCACUGCGUUCGCGACGGCUGCUGCGUCAGCUCAAGCAGCUGCCUCGUCCACCCUGUCUGCCACAGCCAACACGAGCAGCGGCACUGCUGCUGGCUCGCUCCCGGGUGCCACGAGCAGUGCUGCAGCUUCCAUGAUGAUGGGAUCGCAGGGUCCUGCCUCGCUGUACCUGCCCUACCUCAACGAGUUGCCCAGCACUGUUCGUCAAGCGGUUGCGCUGCUGUUGCGCAACGAUUCCUCCAUCACGCCUCCGACCGACCUGCUGUUGCAAACGUCCUUCUUACCCGGUGGGUCGUUCUUGUUCCCAGACUACUUUCCCGCGCUGUACUCUUUCCUGGCAGAGUUCCAGGCCAGCGACUGGCCGACCCGCGUCACCUUCACCGCUGAGCACAUUACGACAUUGGUCAAGCUGGCCGACGAUGGCUUCCAGAUCGCCAUGCCCUUCAUCAUGCAGCUCUUUUCGCAUCCCUUGACGCGGCAGCAGGCCGCUGUCCUGCUUUUCGACCAUGUCACCGCCAAACUCGGUCCGCGUCGCACUCGAGUCGUCUUUUUGAAGCCACUACUCGCUCUGUUUGAGCUGACGGCGGACGAGGCGGUUCAAGUUGUCAUCUUGUCAAAGCGCUUUGUGCUGUCGCUUCUCAACAGAAUUGGUCUGUCCUUUUUCAUGGAGCAUUUCGUCGGCUUUUUGAUCGAUGGCGUGGUUUCUGCCAACAUUGCCAUCGCCAAGGCUGCUGGUGACGGUCUGGUUGAUCUGGCUGCGCAGCUCGGCCCGGUUAUUCCGUCUCGCUUUAUGACCAAGCCCUUGCUGCGGCAUCUCACCCGCCCCAACGCCAACAUUGUCAUCAAGUGCCUUCUCUCCAUCUCUGCGACUGGUGGUGAAACGGUCGUCCUCGGGCAGUACAUUCCGCACAUUAUUUCCACGCUCGCAGCGCAACUGACUAAAGCUGCCACCAUCGCUGCGCCGAGUCCUACCGCAGCGGCAACAGCAUCCCUUGGCAACGAAGCCGGCAACGUCUCCGGCGUCUCCUCGACGUCCUCGCUUGUGGAAAUGUCCUUGGGCUCUGCGCUUGCGGCAGCCAACGCGACCAUUGCCGACGUUGCGUCUCCAACCUCGAUGGCCGACCGCAGUGCUCAAACCAUUGUGAAUGUGCUCAACCUGCUGCAAGGCUGCUGUGAGCACCUCAAUAGUGACACGCUGGCCGAGCAGAUGGACGACUUCUCCUCCAAGGUGUUUAUGCCGUUGAUUCGUUGGCUCGGAUCGCCAUCAAGCGCCGCCUUCUCCGGAGCCCUGCGCAGCCGCAUGUGCCGUCAGAUGCUCGAGUCGAUGAUUUACGUUUGCCGGCUUUUGUCGCGCAAGUGUGCCGAUGCAAUGCCCAUCAUGAAAGACUUUGCUCUGCCCAUUCUUCGCGUGUUCUUUGCUCCGUUCGACUGGAUUUAUGACAGGACCCUGGAAGAUACCACUGGUCAUCCCAGGACAUCGUCUGCUUCCGACGCGCUCACAUCAGCGUCGUUCAUUGCGGCCCAGCGUGCUUCUGCUGCGCCCAAUGGCGAGUCCGAUCUCGAAGAGUGGCGUCAGGUCUACACGGCGGAGACGGCCUACCUGGCGUAUUCUCAGUUCUGUCUGCUUGUUGGCCAAGAAUCAAUGCGUCGCUACAUUGCCAACUCGCAACUCAUCGAGACGCUCAUGUACUCGCAUCUUGCGUCCUUUUCGCAUUCGGGCAACGAAAUGGAUGGCAACGCCGAGCAAGGCCCAGGCUCGGUCGUCUCUGCCAGUGCCAUCUCUGCCGCCAUUGCAGCUGCGGUCUCUGCCGCUGCCGCUGCCCCGAUGCCCCCGCAGUCCGCCAACGACUCGAUGCGAGCCAAGUUCUCCAAUCUGCUGACUCUCGGCUCCAAGAAGGACGGCGACGAUCCCAGCGCCGAGGAGAUCCAGACCACAUAUGCCAACUGGGGAACCUACCUGACCCAUCAAAUGAAUCCUCAAUCUCGCAACGCCUCCUUGUCAUUCCGAGAGCUCAAGUUGCAAAGCUUUGCGGGACACACUGCUGCUGUUCGCUCGCUCGCGGUGUUUGAUAACGAGCAGCAGUUUGUGAGUGGCAGCAAGGACAAGACUGUCAAGUUAUGGUCCAUCGGUAUGGAGGAAGACUCGUUGCCAGUCGCCAAGUGUCGUCGAACUUAUGUCGGUCAUCGCAAGACCGUUUCGUCCGUACAAAUUAUGACAUCCACCGACUUUGUCGCCUCGUGCGAUGGAGGAAUUCAUAUUUGGAAUCCCGAGAACGGAUAUUGCACUCAACAAUUUGACCUUCCAAAGAGCUCUAUUGUGUGCUUCCAGCAAAUCCCGCAACGCAGCUGCCUUGUGGCUGGAACCUCGGACAACACGCUAAGAUUCCUUGAUCUCGAGAGCAAUCAACUGUUGCACGAGUGGAAGGUGGCGACUAUGCCAGCUGGCUCCAUUCGCUCGAUUGCUGUCGAUCCGGGCUACAACUGGAUUGCCACCGGAUUUUCUGGGGGCAUCAUCUCGCUGCUCGAUUUGCGCACGGGCUUGAUGUUGGCUGCUUGGCGCGCUCACGAAUCGGAUGUCCUCUCCAUGAAGCCAGUGUCCGAGCACCAGCUCGUGUCGAGCUCUGCAGAUUCCACUCUCACCCUCUGGAAUGUACAUACUGCUGUCCCGGUCAAGUUUAUGCGCGGCCACACGGAUGCAGUCACGCAUUUUGAAAUCUCAAAGCGCGAUGUGCUGGCACUCACAGCCUCCAACCGUCUUGGCUUCCACGGCGCGCUGGAUAGAACGCAACCCUCGUUCACCUCUCACAAGCUGCGCAGCGAUGCAAUCCGAGGCACAGUCAACAGUUUUGCAAUGCUGCCCGUCAACCAGCAGCUGCUGUUUGGUGCGGACAGUGGCAUGAUUUCGUUGUGGGCCUGA